CGGGUGUUUGGCACCUGGGAGCCGGGCACGCGCGCCCAGUCCCGAGAAGCUGCCGGUCCCCCUCGGCGUCGCUGUCACCAGGGCAACCGCCAAGCUUCAGGGACCUGGCCCUUUAAGGCGCGCCGGAGCCUCGGUCGUCUUCGUUUUGCGCGCCCGCCCGCGGUGCCGGAGGAGCGAACAUGGCCCUGGCGGUAUGGGGGCUGUGGCCAGGCCGGUGCAUCCUGGCCUGGAGGCUGGGCGGCUGCCCCAGGCCACUGCUCCUUGCGCAGAGCCGGGCUGGCUUCGCGGGGGCGGCGGGCGGCCGGGGCCCCGCCGCCGCCGCCGCCCGCAAGGGGAGCCCGCGGCUGCUGGGGGCGGCGGCCCUGGCCCUUGGGGGCGCUCUGGGACUGUACCACACGGCGCGGUGGCACCUGCGCGCCCAGGACCUCCGCGCAGAGCACUCAGCCGCGCAGCUCUCCCUGUCCAGCCGCCUGCAGCUGACCCUGUACCAGUACAAGACGUGUCCCUUCUGCAGCAAAGUCCGCGCCUUCCUGGACUUCCAUGCCCUGCCCUACCAGGUGGUGGAGGUGAACCCUGUGCGCAGGGCUGAGAUCAAGUUCUCCUCCUACAGGAAGGUGCCCAUCCUGAUGGCCCAGGAAGGAGAAAGCUUGCAACAACUGAAUGACUCCUCCGUCAUCAUCAGCGCCCUCAAGACCUACCUGGUGUCAGGGCAGCCCCUGGAAGAGAUCGUCACCUACUACCCACCCAUGAAGGCCAUGAAUGACCAGGGUAAGGAGGUGACUGAGUUCUGCAACAAGUACUGGCUCAUGCUAGAUGAGAAGGAGGCCCAGCAAAUGUACAGUGGAAAGGAGGCGAGGACGGAGGAGAUGAAGUGGCGGCAGUGGGCGGACGACUGGCUGGUGCACCUGAUCUCCCCCAACGUGUACCGCACGCCCGCCGAGGCCCUGGCCUCCUUCGACUACAUCGUCCGCGAGGGCAAGUUCGGGGCCGUGGAAGGUGCCGUGGCUAAGUACAUGGGCGCGGCUGCCAUGUACUUCAUCAGCAAGCGACUGAAGAGCAGGCACCACCUCCGGGAGGACGUGCGCGAGGACCUCUAUGAGGCCGCCAACAAGUGGGUGGCAGCCGUGGGCAAGGACCGGCCCUUCAUGGGGGGCCAGAAGCCGAACCUCGCGGAUCUGGCGGUGUACGGCGUCCUGCGAGUGAUGGAGGGCCUGGAGGCCUUCAACGACCUAAUGCGGCACACGCGCAUUCAGCCCUGGUACCUGCGGGUGGAGAAGGCCAUCGCGGAGGCCCACCCAGUGCACUGAGCGUCCCGGCCUGCAGGAGGGGGAAGGUGGCAGGGGAGACUGACUGGGGACCAGGGCCAGCACCUGGCGAUGCUGCGUGUGUGUGUGUCCGGGGUCAUCCUGCCUCUUGGCCACCCCACCACCCCGCACUCACGUCUGACACUGAGCGCCUGCUAGGCCUUGGGGUGCUGGGGACAGGGCCCAGGCUCAGUUUCCAUUCACGAGGGUCAGGAGGGACCACCCCCCCAGCCCUGCCCAGCUCCCAUGGUGACUCCCUCCCUGUCUGGGGCCUCCCCGCCCUCCAGCCCUUGCCCUGCGGCUCUCAGUCGCUGUACCCUGUGGGUGGGGGUCAGACUGCACUCCUCCCCUUGACAGGGCAGCAGGACGGUUUGUUUUGGGGAGACCUGGCUCUCCCUGCUUCCAGCUCUUCCCAGGUGCCCCCUGGGGGUGGGUCAUGUUUGCAAUAAAGAAACGG